AUGACAGGAACAAUUCGACGCAACAGGGCUCACCUUAUCGUUCUAACAGUGAGUGGUACUGUAGUCAAAGACGUGGAUGAAAUAGCUAAAUUUGCGCUCAUGGCUGAUGGAGAAGACACGCAUAAAACCGUCCCUAUGGGAAUACUUCUGGCCACAAAAGGCACUGCCGGAGACCGCUUGCUAUUCUUAUAUCCUCCUCCACCGAAUUUACAUGUGAAACUCCCCGAAAACCGGACAAAAACACUUGUUGAUUCCAUAUCGAAAGCUGAUCGCGAGUGCAGAUUGAAACCAUGUCCCGUCCCAACAAAUGCCUUCCAACUACCUGUUCUCAUGACAGUGCAAAACAUGAAGAAAUCAGGAGAAAUGUCAUUUCCAACCCAGUUUAUAUUGUCAACUUGCAUGCUGGCGAAUAUAUUAAGCGUCAAAGAUUCAGCUGUGGACGAACCAUUUGAGUUAAAAGUGGAUAACGUACGGUUUGCUGGAUUCCCAAAAAAGCUGACAAGAGCCUCUGAGGGGUCAUCGACGAUAUUCUCUAUAGUGUUCGUUCUCCCUGCCAGUGUAGAUUCUCAUCUCGUCGAAUCUUUUCAGCUGUUAAGUAAGAAACUUGCGCUGGCUAUUGAUUCGCUUCAGACUCAGAGAGGAUACUUUGCUGAACAGGAAAGAAUACUGAGAUCCGCACUAGACGAAUUCGAGGCGGAGGUGUCUAGUAGACCAGAAAGUGACCAGUCGCACCCGAAUAUUCCAUGGGAUAUGAUGCGUGGAAAAAGUGCUCUAGCCGAGCUUCUCACUAAAGUGUUCAUGGACGUCGGAAGAACAGGAGUUGUUCAAGUGUUCGUUGACAACUUCAUCGAAGUGGGUUUUUGUGUACAAUCGAAGGCCUUGGCGCAUGCUCAUCUAACUCCCAAAAACCGUGCUGAAAUCGAUAAAAUUGUGAAGAAAAUAAGGCCAUACCACGGUAUCUUGCUCCUUGAAGAUGUAUGGCCAAGUCCAGACGCUAAUCCUUCUGUAACUCUGCUUCUCAAGCACUGCGAACCAGACCGUUCAAUUUUGGAUAUGUCAACAGCUUCUGGGAUACCACUGUUGCAGGUAUUCCUCAUUGUUCGACAUCUUCUGUUAUGGGCUAGAGCAGUUGUCAUUUAUCCACUCUGCAAUAGUAAUGUUUAUUCCUCAUCCACUCUACCUAAACCGCUUGGAAGGUACAUUUCACUUUUUUCGCAGCAAUUUGGAGCUUCUUUCCAUCUUCCUGAGGCUUUAGCUCACUUUGAUCCACCAAAUACACUAGGAGACUACUUGAACCCAAAGCAGCCACUAGCGGAUCAGCAGAAUAAGGCCAAGGUGAUAGUUGCACUACUGAGACAUCAGCUGAUCAUGCAGCUUCAUCGCUUCUGUUAUAUAGUACCACCGUUCUCCGAUGCAAAAUUACCACGAGCAGAUCAUCACUGUCCGGAUUCACUGAAGAUGCAGAUUACUGCUUGUAAGAACAUCGACUCAUCUGUAAAACCUAUCAUUUCGGAUCUAUGCGGAACUAUGCUGGAUACGCAAAGUUUUAGCAGCGUGCAGCGAAAGUUAUGUCUAUUCUUACGAAUGAGCGCUUAUAUGCAUGGACUACAUCAUAUCGAAGAUAUAGUCUACAGACUGAAUGUGGAACGUGAUGCAGUGGAAGAAGUACUUGAAACGUUUUCCCUUGUAUUAUGCACUCUCCGUCGACCGGAUUUUAUAUCAGAUUAG